AUGGCGCAGGAUCAAGGUGAGAAGGAGAGCCCCAUGCGGGAACUUCGCAUCCGCAAGCUCUGCCUCAACAUCUGCAUCGGGGAGAGCGGAGACAGGCUGACCCGGGCGGCCAAGGUGCUGGAGCAGCUCACGGGCCAGACCCCAGUGUUCUCCAAAGCUAGAUACACUGUCAGAUCCUUCGGCAUCAGGAGAAAUGAAAAGAUGGCCAUCCACUGCACUGUCCGUGGGGCCAAGGCAGAAGAAAUCCUGGAGAAAGGUCUAAAGGCUGCACUGGGGCCAAACACAGAAUCAGCAAAGAGGAGUCCAACAGAACUGGUCCAACAGAAGUAUGAUGGGAUCAUCCUUCCUGGCAAAUAA